AUGACAUCACAAAGUGGUUCACAGGAACCACACAUUGCUCACAGUGGUUCACAGGAACCACACAUUGCUCACAGUGGUUCACAGGAACCACACAUUGCUCACAGUGGUUCACAGGAACCACACAUUCCUCACAGUGGUUCACAAGAACCACACAUUGCUCACAGUGGUUCACAGGAACCACACAUUGCUCACAGUGGUUCACAGGAACCACACAUUGCUCACAGUGGUUCACAGGAACCACACAUUGCUCACAGUGGUUCACAAGAACCACACAUUCCUCACAGUGGUUCACAGGAACCACACAUUCCUCACAGUGGUUCACAGGAACCACACAUUGCUCACAGUGGUUCACAGGAACCACACAUUCCUCACAGUGGUUCACAGGAACCACACAUUCCUCACAGUGGUUCACAAGAACCACACAUUCCUCACAGUGGUUCACAGGAACCACACAUUCCUCACAGUGGUUCACAGGAACCACACAUUCCUCACAGUGGUUCACAGGAACCACACAUUGCUCACAGUGGUUCACAGGAACCACACAUUGCUCACAGUGGUUCACAAGAACCACACAUUGCUCACAGUGGUUCACAGGAACCACACAUUCCUCACAGUGGUUCAUAG